AUGUCGAAGGAAACGAGCACUAAUUCUUAUUCCUCUCCAUUUCAACAGCUGAUUUUCUGUAGGCUCCGAACUCACCAGUGGUGUUUUAUACUCUUCAACGUGGCCCUUUUCCACAUUUUGCUCUUUGGAGCCGAUCUCAUGGAAGAAUAUUUCUUACAAGCCAUCCCCACCACUUACAUGGAUACUAAAGUCCUCCGAGCUCGGGAAAGAGCCCGGAUCCUGGACAUGUCCUCCAUGAAGACCAACAUCUCCCAGGGUUAUGUUAUUAGCGACUCGGAAGCCUGCUCCAACCGAGAGAUCUUCCUGUUGGUUCUCAUCUUCAGUAGCCCCCAAAACCUGUCCAGGCGCGACGCAAUUCGGAAAACAUGGGCCAACGUGACCCACAUCCAAGGUUACGCCACACUGGUUUUGUUUGUGUUGGGCAAGCCGUCUUCAGCUACCGCCCAAGUGGAGGUCAUCAAAGAAUCAGACCAACAGCAGGAUCUCAUCCAAGGAAUCUUUCUUGAUACCCCUGAGAAUCAGACACUGAAGAUCAAGAGGGCCAUCGAGUGGACCGUAACUUUUUGCCCCGAGGCCAGGUUCAUUCUCAAAGUAGACGAGGAUAUGUUUGCCAACCUCCAAACCUUGGUUGAAUAUUUGCUCAACUUGAGAACUCAUCCUGAAGACAUCUAUCUUGGAAGGGUGAUUCAUCCGAGCAUCCCCAACGAAGAAUUCCGCAACGGCAGUUUUACCUCCGUAAGAAAACAUCCUGGACAGUAUUAUCCAGACUACUGCAGUGUCACGGCCUUGGUCAUCUCACAAGAUGUUGCUCGGAAGAUCUACGUAACUUCUAGAGAAGUUCCUCCUUCCCUACCCCCUGGCGUUUUUGUGGGCGUCUGUGCAAGGGCAGCCGGUGUGGUGCCUAUCCACAGCUCCCGGUUUUCUGGGGAGAGACGUAUCUGGUACAACCGAUGCUGCUAUAAAUAUAUUUUCACUUCGACGGUGUCAGAGACAAGCCAGCUUCUCCAAGAAUGGGAGGAAAUGAAAGGCGAUGAAGAUUGCACCUUACUGGAAACCUAUUAUGGACUGGUGUCCUGCAAAAUCAUGACGUAUCUGGAGGGUUGA